CAGUAAUCAAAGUAGUGAGUGUCGUCAGCUAUCAAAAGAGUAUCUUGACUGCCGUAUGCAGAAACAGCUGAUGGUCAGGGAAGAGUGGACUAAGUUAGGAUUCGGUGACAUCAGUGAAGAGAAUAAGCAAUAAACAUGAAGGUGUUGAUUGGUUGCACAGGAAGUGUUGCUACAAUCAAACUUAGCGAACUAGUGGAUCAGCUGAAAAACAGUAACUUUGAAGUGCAGGUUGUUGCUACAGAAUGUGCAAAGCAUUUCUUGUCAAGACAAACCAUCAAUUGCAAAGUUUGGGUUGAUGACGAUGAAUGGAACUUGUGGAAAGAAAGAGGAGACCCAGUUCUCCAUAUUGAUCUUAGAAAAUGGGCUGAUAUAUUAGUAGUAGCACCACUAGAUGCCAAUAGCCUUGCAAAAAUUGCUCAAGGUAUAUGUGACAACCUUCUGACUUGUACAGUGCGAGCAUGGGACUUGAAAAAGCCCCUGUUGUUCUGCCCAGCAAUGAACACAUAUAUGUGGAAUCACCCACUUACAGCAGAGCACAUACUUAAACUGAAAUCAUUUGGCUACAUUGAAAUACCUUGUGUAUCCAAAACCUUGGUGUGUGGUGACUCAGGAGUAGGUGCCAUGGCAGAAGUAAAGACAAUAGUUGAUGAAGUGUUAAAUAUGUCUCAAAAAUUGGCUUAAUAAUACAGCAGUAUGAAAUCUAAA